AUAGUCGUUAGAACUUUUUCACAGCAAAAAGACGUAUUUUUUGAAAACUGUUUUUAAAAUAUUUAAAACUGUGGUUUUUUGGUUUAUUUUUACUUUAUUUAAUAAUUUAAUUGUGCUAAAUUUAGCAAAACAGAAUUAAAAAAUUUCGGAAUAAAAAGAUAAAGAAGAAAAAUUUGAAUUGUUUGCAGUAAUUUCAAUUAUGUUGAAAUCAUAAAUGUUAUAAAAUAAUAAAAAAAAAAUAAAAUCUCAAAGAAAGUAUUAAAAUAUAAAAUGACAGUGAAAACAUAAAAUUUAAACUAUUUUCAAUAAUUAAUGUUGAUUGCAAAAACUAAUAAUUGCGCCGCAAAAAUAAAAUCACCAACUCCAAACGAAAAAUGAAGAAAAUCAAUUCGCAACUUAUUGAUUCCAUCGAUUUUUCAUCAAUCUCAGACAUAUUCAACAUUCCAGCAUCAAAAAAAGUCAUCAACAUCCCAAAUUGUCCAUCAAUCAAUUCAGCCCUCGACUUUUUAACUUCAAAUGCUGAGAAACUUCCAAAAACUAUUUUUAUAUUAGUUUUCAACAUCCAGGAAUCGAAAGCUUGCACUUUUGAGCGCCAAAAACUUCAAAUUCUGUCAGAAAACCUCAAAAAUUCAGAAUCUGAGCGGAUUUUUGUGUUUCAGCCAAAAUUCAGGCCAACAAAAUUUCUCUGCAAGAUCAAAAAUCAAACUUUAUUGACGAAAAUUGAACUGAGUCGGAAUCUACACGAAGAUGAAUUUACAAACUUUUUAAUCACAAAUGAAUUGAUCUUUAAGGCUAUCAUGUUGUCACGUGUUGAAGCUGGAAUUUGUGGAGUUUACGAUUAUUCAUUUUUGAACGUCAUUUUGGACGUCGAUCGACACUUUUUGGGUCUUAAACUUGUUGAUUAUGCUUUGAUUAAUUUCGAUUCACUCAGCCUGAAAUUUCUACAACUUUUUGGCAUCGAUUUGAGCCUCACGAAUGAAAAUGGCGACCGUCCACUCGAAACUGCUGCAAAAUGUGGAAAUUUUUGUGGAUUUUUGGAACUUUUGAGAGAAAAUUUUGAGUUUUUGACACUUUCGCAUCAACCGACGGGCUUCAACUUGCUCAUGCUGGCUGCUGAAAAUGGAAAUCCUGAAAUUAUGAAAUAUUUACUGGAACUGGACAUUUUUGAUGUCAAUUUUUGUGUGAAUGAAAAAACAGCUUUGAAGUUGGCGAUGACUGAGAAAAAGUUGGAAGCUGCUGCAGUUCUUGUUGAACAUGAUGCAAAGUACAGCGAUGAUUUUAAGAAUGACUUUACUGAAGAUGUCAAGGAGCUUCACAGACUUGUUGGUGCUGCAGAGUGCGGCCGUAAAAAUGAGGAACAAAUCAUGAAAAUUAUUCAAAAAUAUCCAAAAACUCGCAACUUUUUCGACUCAAGUGGACAGUCAGCGAUGAAAACUGCAAUUCAGGGAGCCAUUGAAGGAGAAUGUUUAUCAAAUGUACAACAAGUUGAUCAGAAUUGUGAAGAUUUUAUUGAAUUUUUGUUGCUUAAUGGUUUAAGGAUGGGAAAAAGUGAGAAAUUUCCAGGGAUUCUAACCUCAAAGGUGGCUGCAAAUCCCCUGUUUUGUGACUAUAUCCACAAAAUUCUAUCAAAAUGCAUCAUUAAAAAUGACAAUGAACAUCAGAAGCUACAAAGUGUUAAGGAUGUUGAAUCAGCUGAACAAUCUAAGGAGGCAUUGAUGGACAUGAUACCCGAAAUUGCAGAUGACUACAUUCCAAUUGAUGCAGAAGCGUCCACAGAGUCUACCAAAGCUUAUGUUGGGACGAGAUGUGGUUCUCCAUUGGAAUCUGAAGCUUUUAAAGCUAUAAUGGAUCAGGAUGUUGAUGAGACCAGCAACGAUGGAUCAGAUUUUGAGUUAAUUGACAAUUCAGACACGGAAUCAUUAGUUUGUAAGUUUAAACAAUCAAAAAUCGACGUUGAAUCAUCAAAAAGUUCAGAAAAUUCUCCAAAUUUGGAUUUAAAUCAGCAAAACUCGAUUCAAAACAGCAACAAAAUGCUGAUUGAUGCUUUAAAGCUGCUCACUAACAUCCCAGAAACUAAAAUUUUGCUUGAGAUCUUCGGUUUGUAUGAAAAUGUCAAAAUUAUAUUAAAUUUAAAUAAUUUUAGCUUAGAAAUUAAGGAAAAUUCUAUAAAAUUAGAUAUUAAGGCUGUCAAUCAUGUCCAAAAAUCUGGCAAUUGCUCAUCCAAUUCCUCAACUUAUGACGAUUCUUAUUCCGAUGUGUCAAGUUUGAGGCACGCUUUGCAGUCAUUUGACAUCAUUUCUUCAGCUUCGUCCACUUCUUGUGAGAUUAUUGAUGAUGAUGUUCAGUCAGUUGGGUCAGUGGCUAGUGACAGGACACUUAAUAGCUUUUCUAGCUAUGACAAUUUGUCAAUUGUGUCUGAAAAGUUUGACAAUUCGUCAGAUUUUGAAGAAAUUGAACCGAUUAGUGAGCAACAUUUUGAAGCUUUUGAGGGAAAAUUUGGUGAAAAUUCAUCAAACUUUGAUGAAAAUUUGGAUAAUUUUAAACAAAAUUCGGCAAAUUUAGUCCAAAAAUUCGACAAUUUCAGUUUAAAUCUUCAAAAACUUGAUGAAAAUGAAGGAAAAUUUGAGCCAACGCCAUCAAAAGUCUUGAAAUUAUCGGAAAAUUUUGACCUCAAUUCUUCAUUUUCUGACAUUAGCUCAGUAAGUUCCAUUAAUUCGACAAAGCUAACCUCAAAGUUGACUAAAAUGACACUUAAUUCUGAAAGUUUGCCAUCAAAAAGUGAAAAUUUCGCUCAAAUUUUGAUUGAAAAAGUUUUUAAUUUUGUAAUUUUUAAAGUUUUUGACAACAAUUUGAAGCCUUUUUACAAAAAUGACACAGAAUUUGAGGUUAAUUUGAACAAAUUCGUUCAAAAACUUCACGAAAAAUACUUAAAAGGUCAAAUUGAUGAAGUUUUUGUCAAACAUGUUUUUGAAAAUCAGGAUUGCCUCAAUUGGGGGUCAAAUUUGUUGUCUUGUGUCCCAAAAAUGUGUUCAAAUUACGCCAAAAAUAAUGAAAAAAUGCUUGAAAGUCGUAAAAAUUUGAGAAAAUUGUUCGAACUUUAUGAAAAUCUGACAAUUGAAUUUAAAAAUCACUUAAGUUUCCUAAAAGUUUCAACAAAAGUCGCAAAACUUAACGAAAAUUCAACAAUUUUUGACAAAAUUUCAAAAAUGUCGGAAAAUUUUAAAUGGGAAAAUUCUCAAAAAUUCAAGAAUUUGAAGAUUUUCGAUGAUUUUAAUGUCAAAAGCCCUGAUAAAGUUCGUCAAACUCCAUCAAAAUAUCUUCAAAUUCUUUUAACCAACUCUUCAAUUUUAACAUUAACUCAAAUAUUUCAAGAAAAAUGUGAAAAUUAUCUAAUUUUUGUUGAUUUUGAGAAUUUCUUGAGUGAAAACUUCCAAAAUGAGGUUAAAGAUCUGCUAAAGUAUGCUUACUUAAUAGUAUCUGCAGAUAAUCAUCACAAAAUCAUCAAAAAUUUACAAAAUUUUGAGGUUAUGUCUGACUUUUCUGACAAAAUUGUCAUUGUAGUCGAGACUGAUGAUGUCGAAUUGAUAAAUGAUGAAAAUAUUCCAAGAAAAAUCGAGAAUUUCUCAAGCAAAUGUGAAAACAACGAGGUUAGGUCGCAAAGUGAGGUUAGAUUUGACUCAAGUAGCUCAGUUUUAACAGAUAUGAGCGAAGAUUUUAAGAAUUUUGAGAUUAUAACUCCAGAAAAUGAGGUUAGGUUACAAACAAAUGAGGUUAUUUUGCCAAAUUUUGAGGUUAUUUUACCAAAUUUGGAGGUUAGAAAACCAAAUCUCGAAGUUAUGUUUCAAAAAAGUGAGGUGAUUGCUCCAAAAAGUGAGGUUAAUUCCCCAAAAAGCGAGAUUUUGUUACCAAAUUUGGAGGUAAGAAAACCAAAUCUCGAAGUUAUGCCUCAAGAAAGCGAGGUUAAUCCUACAAAAAGUGAGGUUAAUUCCCCAAAAAGCGAGAUUAAGUUACCAAAUUUGGAGGUUAGAAAACCAAAUCUCGAAGUUAUGCCUCAAGAAAGUGAGGUUAAUCCUACAAAAAGUGAGGUUCAUUCCCAAAAAAGCGAGAUUAAGUUACCAAAUUUGGAGGUUAGAAAACCAAAUCUUGAAGUUAUUCCUCCAAAAAGGGAAGUCAUAUCUCCUAAAAUUGAGGUUAAAUCCCCAAAACGUAAGUCUUUGUUUUCAAAUUUUGAGGUUAUUUCAAUUAAAAAUGACGUUAAAUCCCCAAAAAAUGAGGUUAUGUUACCAAAUUUUGAGGUUAUUUCUAUUGAAAAGGAGGUAAGUUCUCCAAAAAAUGAAACUAAUUCAGAAAAGAGUGAGGUUAUGGCCGACAAUCUCCAAUUUACAGCAUAUCAAAGCCAUCCUAACCUCAAAAUUCAAAUUCUAACCUCAAAACUGAAUCAUAAAGUUUCAGAUUUCACUGAAGCUACAAAAAGGUUCAUUCUUGAAAGAAAAGUUGACUUUCAAGGAAGCUUAGUCAAAUUUUCUGACAUAAUUUCCACAGAAACUCUCAAAAGAAUUGACGAAAAAUCAUUCAAAAUGUUAAUCAACGACAAAGAAACCUUAAAAAUUGGUCAAAAAUUCAUAAAAUCAGAAAAAUUCUAUUUUGAUCGAAAAUUUGUAGAUUCAUAUUACAUUUAUGUAGCACCUCACCUACGUGACGUCACUCAAGUAGACUCAACGAAAUUUUUUAUCGAAAUUAUUCACCAAAAACUUAUUUUAUUAUGUGAUGAACCAGGCAUGGGCAAAACGACGACUCUUAAGCAACUUCAAUUCAAAUUUAAAGAAUAUUUACCAUCAAAUUGGGUCAUUUAUGUCGAUUUGAAGCGUCAUGGCUCAAUUUAUGAGGAUUUUAAGGACGUCCCGAAAUGGAAUUAUGAAAAUUUCACAAAAUUCUUUACAAAAAUUCAAAAUUUGAGCGAAUUUGAAGUUAAAAUAUUUAAUCAGCUUUUAUUGACUGAAAAAGUUGUGUUUUUAAUCGACAGCGUGGACGAAAUUACGCAAAAACACAAAGACUUUAUUAUUAAUUUCACAAAAGAUCUUUACAAAAUCACAAAUUGUCAUAUUUGGAUUGGGAUGCGUCCAUAUUGCAUUAAUGAGUACCGCGGUGCAUUCAGCAUCUUUGCUUAUCAUUUAGAGCCGGUCGAUUCCACAAAGUUACUCGACUUUUUCAUUAAAACACAAAAAUUGCCAAAAAAUGAAGCAAACGAGUUACGAGCUUUUGUGGAAAAAUUCACAAAUUUUAAUCAAUCUUGCAAAAAUCCACUUUUUAUUAACAUUGUCUUGGAGAUUUAUGACCAGCUGGGAUCAAAUUUGGGAUUUUAUAUGAUUUAUGAGAAGUAUGUUUGGAAAAAGUUUGGAAUUAGUGGUGAAAAUUAUGAGGCAAGGCCGGAAAAAUCGGGAAAUAAUAUUGAAAUUUCUCAAAAUGUUGAGGGUUCGCCACAAAAAGUAGGAAACAAUCUUGAAAAUUCUCUUAAUGAUGAAGGUUGGCCGCAACAAUCAGGAAAUCAGCUCAAUAGUAAUCUUGAAUCUUCCAACAAUGAAGAAACAAAGCCAUUAAAAUCAGGCUUCUCUGCUCAUGUGUCCAAUUUUAGUGCAGGUUCAUCCGAGAGUCCUCAGGAAUCGAGAAUUAGGAAACGAUUUGAAUUUUUCUUUCACGAGCAUGAUUCACCAAUUAAGGUUGUAAAGCUAUCAGAAGGUUCUGAUGUGGCUGACAACUGUGAUUCAGAUUCUUCAGAAAAGGAUCGUAGGGUGUGGCCGGCCAAUAAAGAAGUUUAUUCAGGGGUUUGGCAAGAUGAUACAGAAAUUUUAAUGGAAACUUCUGAGGCACCGCCAGAAAAAGAGGGAAGUUUGAUGGAAACUUUAGAGGCACCGCCAGAAAAAGAGGGAAAUUUGCAGCAAACUUCUGAGGCACCGCCAGAAAAAGAGGGAAGUUUAAUGCAAAAUUUAGAGGCACCGCCAGAAAAAGAGGGAAGUUUAAUGGAAAAUUCAGAGGCACCGCUAGAAAAAGAGGGAAGUUUGAUGGAAAAUUCAGAAGCACCGCCAGAAAAAGAAGGAACAAUAUUGAUUAAAAACAUGGCAUAUUUAGAAAUCGAUAAAAAUGUCAACUUUUCUAUAAAUGCAUCCAUUGACUCGAAAGUACUUGAAAAAGUUCUCAAAAAUAUUAUUGAUGUCCUCGACCUCUUCCAAAAGCACCAAAAUAUUGCGAUGAAGAAGUUUAUUGACUACAUAUCUAACCUUGGGUUUCAUGUAGACUUAAAAGAAGUGAAAGUUCCUUUCACUGAUGCUGAAAUUGUGGAAUUAUCAUCUUACGACAUAAUCUACGGCACAACAGCCGAUCAAACCUUUUUUAUUCAUCAAACUUUUUAUGAAUUUUUCGUUGCCAGCUUUAUUGUUGGUAAGAUUUUUGAGGGUCCUGAACCUCCAGUCAUACUCAAUCAAAUUCCGACAAUUUUUUCUAUAAUUUUUACAUACCGAGAAUUUGAGGUUAUUGCCAAAUUUAUUGAAUUUUACGUAAAAGAUAAUGAAGAAAGAAUUUUGGCGCGAAAUAAUAAACUUUUUAAGUGCAUAAUUAGGCAUGUUCCUCUUUUAGGGACUGUUAAGUUUGGGAAUUGUCCGUUUGAAAACUUUAAUAAGAACUUUCAUAGAUUGUUGGUCCAAAAGCACUUCAAUUUAGCUAAAUUAGUUCUUAAAAUGUUUAAGAAUGAAGAAGAAAUUAGAAAAAUAUUUGAAAAAAUUUCACAAUGUGAAAAUUUAUUGUUUUUGGAUUUUGCUGCUUAUGGCUACUCAGAUAAGGAUGUCAUUGAGCUUUUGAUGGUAUUUAAGGAUGCUUUAACUGAGGAUAGACAGAAAAAAAUAUUUAAAUAUUUUUUAUUUGACAAUUUCACAUUUUUGAAAGAAAAUUUAUUAAAAUUAUCAGAAAAUGGCGCGGAAAAUUUUUUUGGUAUUUUUGAGGUUAUUUUCACUGAGGAUGAAUUAAAAGAGAUUUUUAAAGAGCAAAUUAAUGCUGAUCAGGAAAACAAUUUUUGUAGAUUCUUAAAUUCAAUCCACAAGCUCAGCAUUGAUGACUUAACCUCAAAAAAUCUCGAAAUUUUGAUGCAAUUUUCUAAUAAAUUUUUAGAUUUGGAUCAAAAGUUUGUAAUUUUGAAGAAUUUUGCUGAAAAUCUUGAAAUUGUUGCGACAAAAAAUCAAAAAAUCUUCAAAGUUUUAGAAAAUUUCACAUUUAAUUUAGAAAAAUCUGAAUUGAGUGUAAUUUUAAAAAAUGAAAAUUCAAAAUUGUCAAAAAUUUUCCUUAAUUUUGUGUCAAAAAAAAUCAAAUCAAAUCAUUUUAUCUUUUUAUUGCGAUUAAUUUCAGAAAAUCUUGAAGAAUUUGAAAUUUUUAACAUUAUUGAAAAUGAUUCUAACCUAAAAAUUAAAUUUUUCGACGCCUGCAGUCAAAAUAUGUCUGAAAAUAUUGAAAUAUUCACAAAUUUUAUCAACAAAUUUUUACCAACUCCAAAAAUGAAGGAAUUUUUACUUCAAAAAGAUCCAAAUGGUCAAUUUUCAACAAUUCACUUUUUAUUUCAAAACUAUCACAUCAAUUUUGAGCGAAUUUUCACCAAACAUGAAAUUAAAAACUUAAUUUUAACAAAAAAUUCCAAAAAUGAGACAAUUUUAUUUGAAAUUUUUCGAAAAAAUCAAAAAUUAAGUGAAAAUUUCUUCAUUUUAAUGCUCGAAGUUCUCAACAAAACUGAAAUAAAAUUAUUUUUAUGUCACAAAAGUUCCAACGGUCAAACAGCUUUUCAAGUUUUUGGUAACUUUUUGAAAAAUUAUGAAAAUAUUUCGCUUGGACCGACGAAUUUUCAAGAAUUUUUGGCUGACAACUUUGAUGACAGCGAGGUCAUGGACAUGGUUAAGGAAUAAAAAAUAUAUUUUUUGAAUUUUUUAUUAAAAAAGUAACGAAAAAAAUUAUUUUAACAAUUUAAAAUAAAAUAA